AUGCAGCCGCUUACUGAGAUCUCCCUUUCUGACCGUGACGACCGUCCUCUCACUCGACAUGGACCUCCCGCCAGCAACACGAGCCAAGUCGUAAAUGCACUCUACACGUCUGGCAGUGAGGGCGCGCCCGCGUCAUCGGCAGUAAUCACACCACCCCGACUUCGUCGAUACCUUUCUAUCCCAUCAUCCCCACCAGCUACGACAGCUACCAACAUCGCUCUUACGUGCCAGAGCGAGUCCGCCACCCCCGCUAGCUCGACAACGGUCACGUCGUCCGCUACUACCGAUACCUCUACGGGAUCUACCAGUGCAGUAUCUCGCGCUGAGGAAGAUUCAGUCGCCCUCCACUUCCCCCCGCCAGGGCUCACUAGGGCGUACCCUCCUCAAGGCUGUUACGUAGUUGCGCCCAUCGGCACGCGACUCCACCCCUACGUCUUACCUCCCCGUCCAGGGAACCUGUGGCGCACUAUCCUGGAGGGAGCCCUCGGUAGUCCUCGCACCUUCAAGCAAGUCGACUUGGUCUUUCGGGACGUCGCAGAGACCAGACCCGAGCGCAGCAGUGGCGCAGGCAAUUCACUCCUUGGCCAAGACGACUCAGGACUCGAUGUCCAUUACCCUGCAUCCCUCAUCCGCGUCAACGCCUUAGAUGAAGAACCAGGCCUGUCUCCUACGCUAGGCCCUCCCCCUCCCCUUCGAUUCGCCUUAUCCAUCAACGACCACGACCAACGACAUCGUACCGACUAUCCGCCGUAUGCUAUGCACCCUACUCCCGCCAACCCCUUCGUAUGGAACCUGAUGGCUCCAGUCGGUCAGGAGAUUCGUAUGGGACUACGUCUCAGUGCAUCCCACGGCGAGGUCGCCAUGUACGGCGAGGUAUUCAAGAUCUACCGCCUACACUGGGACUGCACCAGCUUCUACGUCAACGGCAUGGUCCGCGCAUACGGCCACGACUACCGCGCCAACAAUAUUAUUAUUCGCAUGCCAUCCCACGCAGCCAGCGUCACCUUCCGUCAGUGGCGUUUCCACAAUCUCAGCAAGCUCACGGCAGCGGAAGGUCCGUAG